CGCCCUCGGCUUUCGGAGAUACCGAUUUAUUGGGGAAGCGGACGAGAAGUACCCCAUUUUUGCUGAGGCCUUCGGGGGAACAGGAGGUGUCCCAGUGAAAAUGAUGAACGUCAGAGGCCUUGCAGACCUGAAGAAGAAAAAACCCUCCAAGGUCCCGAGGGGGACGGACGCCGGUGUCCCAAAACCCGCCGGUGACUUCUUCAAAAAACCGGAGGGGCCGUCGGUGGGCCCAAGUGCUGAUGCUGCCGCUGCCGCCAAAAGGAAGGGCUCGGGCAGAGAUCCCGAGGGCAAGAAGCCC